GUCCCCCUCCCUGUGAGAAGCCCUGUGGCGGGGAAGCCCUGCUGGACCUUCAUGCCAGGGUUUGAGUUGGCGCCGGCGGACGGGGGUUGCCCCCCCGUGGUGCUGCCGCCUGGGGAGACAGUGAUAGGAAGAGGUGCCCUGCUGCUGGGAAUUACAGAUAAAAGAGUAUCCAGGAAACAUGCUAUUCUGAAGGUAGUUGGUGACCAGCUUAGCAUCAAACCGGUCCAUGUAAACCCCUGUUUUUAUCAGCCGACUGAAAAUGACGAACUAUUGCCAAUGGAUACUGAUAGAUGGCAUCAGCUGAGUCCAGGUGACAGAUUUUCCCUGCUAGUAGACAAAUAUAUCUUCAGGGUUCUCUUCAUUUCUUCAGAGGAGGAAAGUCUGCUAAGGAAAAAUGGGAACCUCUGUGUAGAAGACAUACCAAAUCGAGCUACCUCGUCACUUCAGCAAACCAAGAUGCCUCGUGGACAGCCUUCAUCACAGCAAACAAUGUCCUCCAACAAGAGCCAACUUUUGGAAGUAAAUUCGCGAUUAGAAGCAGCAGCUGAAAUCCCACAGAAGUUUUCUGCUAGCAUUUCUGAAAAUGAAGAAGUAAGACUUCCUCAAAGGAAAAGAGUGCUUCCAGCAUGGAUGCUACAAGCAGACGUAAUAGUCCAAAGUUCAUCAGCCUCAGGUUCAGGAAAAGGAAAUUGUGGAGAAAUAAAACAAAGUCCAGGGAAAAAGCAAAAAAGGACUGAAAAUGAAGAUGCUGCCCUUGCUACACAGGAUAUAGAACAUCUAUCUGCUGAACCUAUUGUGAGAAAAAUGGAAAAGAAUGACAGCAAAAUGUUAGCCCAAAGAGCUGUAAGUCAUACAGGGCAAUGUAAUCGUCAACUUCAUAAUGAAGAGUUACAGCUCAACACAGAUGGACUCGCUUGCCAGCCUCCUGAAACAGAUACAACUAAUAAAAAUGAAAAGAGUUUGGAGGAUGUUAAAUGUAAUCCUGAGCAAUUUCAUCAGGACAUGUCACAAACUCCAGUUCACCAGGGUGAGACUCAAGAGCUUCUUCUCAAUCCGACUACCGAGACAGGCAUUUCUAACGUAACUGGAAGUCAAGAUGUACCACAAAACUCUAACAAAACCAGACACCAGAGGACAGCUUGCCUCUAUGGGAGAAGCUGCUAUAGGAAAAAUCCUAUACAUUUUCAGCAGUUCAGUCACCCCGGAGAUAGUGAUUAUCGUGAUACGGAAUCUGUAACUCAAGCUGACAAUGAUAACAGACCUGAAUGCCCUUAUGGAACUGCUUGCUACAGGAAAAAUCCACAGCACAAGCUGGAAUACAAACACACUGUACCACCAGAACCUGAGAGGAGGCAGACAAGACCGAAGGCUGUUAAAAAAGGAAGAAGUGUUUUGGAUGAGGAUAGUGAUAAUGAUGGUGAGCCCAAUGAAUACAACUUGAAUGACAGCUUUAUAGAUGAUGACGAAGAGGAAGAAGAGUGUGACCCUACUGAUGAAGACUCUGACUGGGAGCCAGAUUUUGAAGACAAGGAUAAUGAAGAUGUUGCCACACUUCUGAAAGAAGCACAGAAGAUUGUUAAAAGCAAUAAGUAGUUGUACAAAGUAGUGCACAAUUCAGUUGAAAUACACGAAACGUCCUGAAUUCAAUUUGAUUUAAAUGGUUCACUUUAACCCUUAAAUCAAGUUGGCAUAAAUGUUCUCUUGAUUCUGUCCCUUACAUUUAAGAAGACAAGAGGCAAUUUGGAAGACAGUCAUAAUAAUUUAUUGAUACCAAUUUAUAUCUCAAGAUAUUGAGACCAAAUAGAUUGUUUAAUGAAGAAAAAUAUAUUGUUCAGGUUGAGAGAGGUUACUCCAACCUGAUUAGUGUGAAUGGGGUGAAAGCAUUUAAAUCUGGCUCAGUCGUGCCAGUUGAGUGGUAAUUUCCCCUCUAAGAAUAGUGGUUUAGAUGAGCCUUUACCUCAAAAUCGUCUCAUAAAUUUUGCACUCAUGUAUACUUAAUGUAUGUAAAUCUUAAAUGCUGUUUCCUCACAGCUGGUAAUGUCUGAGAGAAGGUCAUGUAUCUUUAGUUGUAACACUUAACACUACUGAUUUUAAUGCCUGAUGUGCUGUGCCACAUAUGGCGUUGAGGCUUAAACUAGGAAGUUUUUAUUUACAUUACUAAAGUUCAUCUUCAUGUUAAAUGAAGGGAAUGUUAUGUUGCAUAUACAUAAUCAUCAUAUACGGUAGACAGUUUUAGAUGGACAAUUAAACCAAGUUGGAAUUUGGUUCAUUCGCUGCCAAACUGGUAACCAGGCUGUAAACAAUCACUGACUUUCAUAUUCCAGCUAAUACUACAAACGGCAUUUGUUUUCUAUCUGUAUUUCAGAAAAAUGUUUAUAAAUUUAUGAUGAAAGCAAUUAUGUCCCAAA